UAGGGUCGUCAUUGAAUGUAAUAUUCAGAACACCAUUCACUAUCAGACAAGAUGGAUCGUUGGAAUAAUAAAGUUGCAGUGGUGACUGGUGCCAGUUCUGGAAUUGGUGAAUCUCUUGUUAAAGAAUUAGUGAAAAAUAAUGUCAAAGUCGUUGGUUUGGCAAGAAGAAUUGAGAAUAUGGAAAAAAUCAAAAAUAAUAUAAAAAAUCAAAAAGGUGCAUUUUAUCCAAUAAAAUGUGACGUCUCCAAGGAAAAUGAUAUUCUCAAAGCUUUUCAAUGGAUUGAAAAAAAUUUAAAAACCGUCGAUAUUCUCGUUAAUAAUGCCGCUGUAUUGACUUCAGAUUUGUGCAUCGAAAGUUCAACGGAAAAUUUGAAAAAUGUUAUCGAUGUAAAUUUAAUUGGUACAGCACUCUGUACUAGGGAAGCUGUGAAAAUAAUGAGAGCAAAUAACAUAGCCGGUCAUAUUAUUAACAUAAACAGCAUUGCGGGACAAAGAGUUGCAUUUUUUAACAAUUCAGGUUUCAAUAUGUACAGUCCAAGUAAAUAUGCCCAGAAGGCCAUGAGUCAAGUGGUCGAAUUAGAACUUGAACACGUUAAAAGUCCGACAAAAGUUACUACAAUUUUUCCUGGAUUGGUCAAAACGGAAAUGCCACCACAGGAAGCAUUUAAAAUAAUUCCCUACGUUGAUGCUGAAGAUAUUGUCAAUGGAAUUAUUUAUGCUCUGUCCACACCUCCACAUGUUCAGAUUAAGGAACUUACAAUUACUCCAGUUCCAGGUUAUCAACGCAAAUAAAGAAAAAAAAUUUUGUAAUUCCCAUUUACAUACCUAUUAAUAAAAUUUUAAUAUUAUAUUUAUUA